AUGUGACUCUAGAUCAUUAAACUCACAUCAGAACAUUGAUUAUGAAUCAUAUAUUGUAUAUAAACCCAUCACAGGUGAUUCAGAGGAGAAUGGACGGCAGUGUGAAUUUCUAUCGGCCGUGGAAUCAGUACAAGAGAGGAUUUGGGAAUGUGGAGGGUGAAUACUGGCUGGGACUGGAGAACAUGUAUGAGCUGACACACAACAGGAACUACAUGCUGAGAGUGGAUCUGGAGGACUUUGAAGGAAGGAAAGCUUUCGCUCUGUACUCGUCCUUCUCUGUGGGUCCAGAAGCUGAUGGGUACAGACUACAAGUUUCAGGAUUCAGGAAUAAAGGAGGAGCAGGUGACUCUUUGACUCACCACAAUGGACAGAAGUUCACCACCUUUGACAAGGACCAGGACCCUUACAGCGGAAACUGUGCCAAUCUGUAUCUUGGGGCAUUUUGGUACAAUGUCUGUCACUAUACAAACCCCAACGGUGUGUAUUUAUGGGGUGCAGAUAAUACUCAUUAUGCCAUCGGUGUUGCUUGGUUCACCUGGAAAGAUAAUUACACUAUUAGUAUGAAAUCAAUCAGCAUGAAGAUUAAAAAUAUUUCCUAGAAACAUUACAGUGUUAAAAUCCCAAAGUGACGUGAUGCACAGCUUUUCAAGCUCAAUCUGACAGUGUGCACAGACAGCGGCGCUUGACACUAGUGUGCACUAGAAAGAUUCAUCCUUGUCCAGAGUCUGUGAUCUUUCGGUCCAGAAGUUAUGAAUGGUGAAAAAUGAAUUUGUACUCUUUUAAAGUGGAGUGGCUGGUGUCUCUCACACAAGCGGUUCAGUGUUAGGGAUUUUUCUUUGCUUUUAGUCAUGUGUCACGAUUAUAGCCUGUUUUGUUUUUAUUUUCUGUGCCUGUGUUGCCUGUCUGUUUCUUUGGUUCCCCUUUUCCCCUUUAAUUAGUUUCUAUGGUUUCUGAUUGGCCCACAUCUGUUUCUGUUCUUCCUGAUUACACUCCCUGUAUAUUGAAGACCUGUGUUUCCUUCUAUUCUCAUUUGUGUUAUGUGGUUGUUGUUCUGUUUCCUUUGCCUGUUAGAUUUAUUGAAUCAAAGACUGUUUUUCUGAUCUUCUUCAUUUACAUUCGCAAAAAAGUAGAACUUUUUAAAUUAAAAACAGACAAGCAAACCCUGUCCAGACCGAAAAAUUAACAAAAAGUUAAGUAACACAUUACUUUCCAAAAAAGUAACUAAUAUAAUUUAAAAAAGUAACUAAUAUAAUUAGUUACUUUUUUAGGGAGUAACACAAUAUUGCAAU